AUGGACGGAUGGCGGGCGCUCGUGCUGCCGCUAAUUAUGGGUGCACACGAAGAGCCUGAGAUGCAAAGCCAAUUGGGCCCCAUGUGGCAGCAGGCAAUGCUAGAAUUACUUAUCAGGCAAUGUGUUUUUCCCAUGUUCACGCCUUGGUCUGGCUCCAAGGCGGGCGAGCGAGGGAGGGGUCGAGAUGCUCGCGAGACGUCAUUGGCGUGCAGAGAGCGCGUCAAACUGCUGUGGCCGAAAUUGCCAGAGAAAAAUUCGCGCUUCAAAGUGACCCUCUUCCUCCCACCUGCGCUUGCUCCGCCCGCACACACGACAGUCAAUUUUGUCUCUCGGCGCCCGGUCUGCCUUGACAACGUCGCAUACGACCCUCAGACGCCGCCUCAGCCCGCUCCCUCGUCGUCGCCCUCGAGCCAGACUUGCCUGUGCCAUCCGGCCCUCUCGUGUGGUGCCUGGCGUCCCUGCCUACUACCCACUACCUAUUUCGUCUGCCUCUCCCCACCCUCAUUCUCUACUUCUACUUCUACUUCUACCUCCACCGCCCACGCUCCCGAGACCACUGCCUCCCUCUCCAUCUGCCCCUCAUUCUUCACGUCCGCGCCCCGCCCCGGACUCACAAACACACUGCUAUUCGUGUGCUGCUUGCACCCUCUCUUCCUCCCCAGCCACUCGCGGUUCAAGCAGUCAUCCCUCCGACCUGCUGUGCGCUUGCACACACACACCUACCACCACACCUACGCCCGCCCCAUCCGCCACACAACCCAGCGCACUGCUGCCCAAGGCGCUGCUCACUAA